AUGGGCCUUCGGGAGGAGCUCCAGCGUGUGGAACACCAGCUGCGCGAGGCUCGGCACGCCGAGAGUCUGCUGCGAGAAGAUCUUAAAGCCGGAAUAACGUCCCAAUCGGACUACGAACACCGACUCGAGGAGAGCAAUCGAUUGGUAGCCCAGAUUCUAGACGUGGCUAUCGCUUUCCGGAAUUCGCACGUCAAAGCGAUAGCCACAGUUCAGAACAUGGUUUCCCACCCUCGACUGUCAGGCAACCAAGCAGACUUGUCGCUCUCGCAGUCGUUCAGACCCGGUAUCAACGGGAAUGUGGAUGAGCCUUCCCCGAUCGAUCCUUCUGACCCCGCAGCUGCUUUGGAGCACCUGCGAGAGUUCGACCAUGAUCAUUUCUUGGAGAUAAUAGCAAAGGCCGGUUCUGUCAUUCGUAAGUGGCAGAAACAGUGUAAGGAAUAUAGGGAGCGGGCCAAAGGCAAGAUCUCCUUCCGCAACUUCGCUAAGGGGGACCUAGCAUUAUUCCUGCCAACCCGUAAUUCCGUUUCGAAGCCUUGGGCCGCGUUUAACGUAUCCUUCCCGCACUAUUUCCUCAGUGCUACGGGCCACCUUGCAGAACAGCUGAAGACUCGGGAAUGGAUCGUAGCUCGUAUCACUUCCAUUUCGGAGCAUGUUGUCGAUCAUAGAGAUCCUAACAGCAAUCCUUAUGGCCUGGGAGAUGGUGUGAAAUAUUACACCCUCGAAGUCGAAGAUUGGACGCAGCCGAGUCCACCCUCGAAGAAGAAAGUGUCAGCAAAGAAGGCAGCUUCGGCCGAAGCGCCACCACCACCUCAGAGCGAGCCUCUACCUUCGGUACCUCCCGUCGCAGAAGUUGAGGAGUCUUUCGAAGCCACACGUCCUCCGAAUUCCCACCUAUUUCCGACGCGCAAUCGCACUCAAUCAUCCCCCACCGCUGGCCCAUCGUCGCUCUCACGGCUUCUCGCACAGGCGCCGGUUGAUGCUCUUGAGACGAUCCCAGCCUCAAGGGACCAGACGCCUUCACCGGCUGUUCCAUCCCCUCCGGUCGCAGGUCCGUCCUCCUCGUCGUCGCAAGCGAGUCCGGCUCCUGCGGUGCCUACACCCAGCCGGCAGUCGCCCCUGCGUUCUACUUCCAGAGCCUCGCGGGUAUCUAUCUCGUCU